AUGUCUGUUAAGUACGCUAAGGACACAUCAAUUGUCGUAUUUGGCGCCUCUGGUGAUCUUGCCAAGAAGAAGACUUUUCCAGCCCUUUUCGGCCUUUUCAGAGAGGGCCAUUUAGACGCAACUACCAGAAUCUAUGGUUAUGCCCGUUCUAAAUUGACCAAAGAAGAGCUAAAAGAAAGAAUCCUGCCAAACCUAAAGAGACCAUCUGGUGCUGAAGGUGACGCUAAGGUCCACAAAUUCUUUACCAUGUUGCAUUACGUUCACGGUCCUUACGACACCCCUGAAGGUUACGUUAAGCUAAAAGAAGUUAUUGAGCAACACGAGGAGGAAGUCGGCGUUAAGGAACCUCACCGUUUGUUCUACUUCGCUUUGCCACCAGGCGUUUUCUUGUCUGUGGCAACGGAGAUUAAGAAAAACCUUUACGUCCCUAACGGUGGUACGAGACUAAUCGUGGAGAAGCCAUUCGGACAUGACUUGAAGAGUUCUAGAGAAUUACAAGAGAACUUGGCACCUUUGUUCUCCGAAGACGAAAUAUAUAGAAUCGACCACUAUUUGGGGAAGGAGCUUGUAAAAAACCUAUUGGUGCUUAGAUUUGGCAACACUGUCCUCAACGCUGCAUGGAACAAGGAGAAUCUCCAAAGCAUUGUCAUCUCUUUCAAGGAGCCAUUCGGUACCGAGGGCCGUGGUGGUUACUUCGACUCUAUCGGUAUAAUCAGGGAUAUUAUGCAAAACCACCUUCUGCAGGUGCUCACUCUAGUUACCAUGGAGCGUCCGGUGUCGUUUGACGCGGAGUCGGUCCGUGACGAAAAAGUUAAGGUACUAAAGGCAUUUGCCCCAAUCGAUCACAAGGACUUGUUGGUCGGUCAAUAUGCCAAGUCUGCCGACGGUUCCAAACCAGGUUACAAGGAUGAUGAGACUGUCGACCCUAAGUCCAAGCAAUUGACUUUUGCAGCCCUACCUUUCAGAAUCAACAACGAACGUUGGGAUGGUGUUCCAAUCAUCAUGAGAGCUGGUAAGGCCCUAAACGAAGGUAAGGUCGAGAUCAGAUUGCAAUACAAAGACGUCGCUUCUGGCGUGUUCCAGGACAUUCCCCAAAACGAGUUGGUCAUCAGAAUCCAACCAGACCCAGCUGUCUACAUGAAGUUCAAUGCCAAGACCCCAGGUCUAUCCAACGUCGCUCAAGUGACAGACUUGGACUUGACCUACUCUAGUAGAUACAAGGACUUCUGGAUCCCUGAAGCUUACGAAGUGUUGAUUAAAGAUGCUCUAGAAGGUGACCACUCCAACUUUGUCAGAGACGAUGAGUUGGACGUCAGUUGGAAGUUGUUCACUCCAUUGCUAGAAUAUUUGGAAGGUCCUGAGGCACCACCUCCAGCCGAAUAUCCUUAUGGUUCUAGGGGCCCACCUGGCUUGAGAGAAUACAUGGAAAAGCAUGGUUACACCAUUGCAGAGCAACACAACCAUCCUUACACUUGGCCAGUUACUUCUCCAGGAUCUAAGGAACGCGUUAGAAGGGCAAGCUACGCUGGCAAACGCUGGUAA